UAAAUAAUAUUGCUGCACUUUUCCUUGUAGCAGAGUUGUGCUGUUUUGAAAGAGGAGCACGUUGGUCCUUAACUCCCGUGGUUAAACUUAGGGGGAUUGCACUGCCUACUACAAGAUUAAGGAACACGUAUGUUUUUUUUUUAAAGGCUUUAUCUUCGGAUAAAAAAAAGACGGUAACACGUCGAGUUAUUUUUGUGCGUAUCUCGCCACAAUCUGAUAAGAAAGCUACCAGCGGCUGCCAACAUUUGUAUACAGAAGAAGAAGAAAAAAACUUCUAUUUGCAACAUGAUUCUUCCGCGGUUCCUAUUCAGAGAUACGUGUUGCACAACUACUGCUUGAAAACGGCAAUCUAGACGAGGCUGGAUGGACUUGAUACUCAUCCAAAGCGUGCUGUGCUGGAAGUCGGGACGUUUGCACUUGGCCACACUAGAAUAAUCAAGAUUCACCCACCUGAGCUACCGCGGCAUCUUUACGCCAUUGCUGAAUUCGUGAAUAGAAAUAUUAUAGACAAUACAAUCAAUUGUACAUUAUGUUAAAAAAAAGAAGUUAGAUAAUUUAUUAUGCAGCUCAAACUAUACUACUAGUAUAACAGUAUAUUGGUUUGAUACAGGAAUUCGUGUUUUUUUUUAAUAGAACUGAAAAUUAGUAAUCCGGUUAUUGGUAGUCUGGUUAAUUGUAAAAGUCGGAUAAAAUUAACUCCUGAAUUAAAAAAAAAAAAAAAAAUUGUAACGUUACAGUGAGUAAGCCAUCAGGUGCAGUAUCGAAAGUGGCCAACUGUUUUGCAUAGCAAGCUUGUGAGAAUAAAAGACUCUGUGACUUUUGUGGUUUUGCUAGCUGAAGCAAAACUCCAAAAGCGUCACGUAGCUUGCAGUUACAUCCUGAACUCUGUGUUGCAGUGUAGCACCCGCAAGCAUACUUUUUUUUAUUUUUUUUUUAUUUUUAAAGGAAGCAUUUGUGCUAUUAACACUUUGUCACACAGAGGACAUCUGGUGAGAGAGGGAGAGCGCAAACGGCUCAGGACUGCAUUGAUCACAAGUUGACUGCGGUACAUUGAUCCACUGCAAGACCUUCAUGUAAAUAAUCUUUUUUGGGGGGAAAAACUGGUUGUACUUUAAAAAACAAACCAAGAAACCUUUUGUAUUUUAAACAAGAAACAACCCCCACCAAAAACAUAACCGUGUUGUUGUGCAACUCUGACCCGGGUGUUGUGAUGCGUAUUCCCGUAGACCCGACUACCAGCAGAAGGUUCACACCACCUUCGACUUCGUUCCCGUGCAGCAAGAUGGGAGAAAGUACCGGGCCGAUGGGCACCUCCGGCCCGGGUAGGACUCGACUUGAGACACGGUCUGUCGUGGAUGUUUUGUCAGAUCACGCCGGUGAAUUGGUUCGGACAGACAGCCCAAACUUCCUUUGUUCUGUGCUUCCUUCGCACUGGAGAUGUAACAAAACUCUGCCCGUGGCUUUCAAGGUGGUAGCUCUCGGAGAAGUCCCUGAUGGAAGUCUGGUCACAGUCAUGGCAGGAAAUGAUGAGAAUUAUUCCGGAGAACUCAGAAACGCUUCAGCCGUCAUGAAAAACCAAGUGGCUCGGUUCAACGACCUCAGAUUCGUUGGACGGAGUGGAAGAGGUAAAAGCUUCUCUCUCACGAUCACAGUGUUCACAAGCCCCCCUCAGGUCGCUACGUAUCACAGGGCCAUAAAAGUGACAGUCGAUGGGCCGAGAGAGCCAAGACGGCACCGGCAGAAGCUGGAAGAGCAGCAGAAGCCCACGCUGUUCUCAGACAGGCUCAGCGAGCUGGAGCGAUACCAGAGGACAGCCAUGCGAGUCGGACCCAGCAACACCAACCCCAGACCCUCCCUCAACCCUGCGGGCCACUAUAGCGCUCAGGCACAGUCCCAGAUACAAGCCGGGACCACCGACCUCUUUUCCAGCCCCCGGCAGUUCGACCGGCAGUUCCCCUCAUUGUCGUCCCUGGCGGACCCCCGUUUCUCGGACCCUCGCAUGCACUAUCCCGGUGCCUUCACCUACUCGGCCAGCCCCGCCAGCACUGGCAUCGGGGGCAUCAGCAUGACGGGCAUGGCUGCCAGCUCCCGCUACCACACCUACCUGCCGCCACCCUACCCUGGGUCCCCCCAGAACCAGAGUGGACCGUUCCAAACUAACUCCUCCCCCUACCACCUGUACUACGGAACAGGAUCAGGAUCAUACCAAUUCUCCAUGGUCACCGCAGGGGGGGAGCGAUCGCCGACCAGAAUGCUUCCGUCUUGCAAUAGCGCAACAACAGGAGGGAACAGCUUAAUGAACCCAAACCAGAGUGACGGCGUGGAAGCUGAUGGAAGCCACAGCAACUCGCCCACAACAAUGACCACACCAGGGAGAAUGGAUGAAUCUGUUUGGAGGCCAUACUAGUUAAAAAAAAAAAAAAAAAACUCAACUGCAUGUGUGACUUUUCUUUUAUCACCUUCUACGGUGUCAUCGGCUAAAUCUUGACCAAAGAUAUCCAACUUACAAUUUGAAAGAAAACUCAAUUUUAUCUUUUUAUCGAGACUUUUAGAUAAGGGCUUUCCGAUAAAGUUGUAUAAAGUAUUUUAGAAAAGAGGCCAUGGAUGCUUUUCCUGCUCCUACUGCCAGUUUUCACUAAACUCAAUUGGGGUUGGAGUAAAACAAACAAACAAAAAAAAGAAAAAGCCACAACCAAAGCAUUGCCUGAUCGUAAGCAAACCGGUAUAGAGACUUGAAAUGUAAAUACUGAGCUUUUUGAAACAUACAUUUGCAUGUUAUAUAAUAUAAGCAAACCAAAUCGUCAGAACUGGAUUGGGAAAAGAAUAAAUAAAUCAAUCAUCUCACCCUUUUUUAACAGCAGCAUUGAGCCUCUGGGGAAACACAAUGCAAUGGAAAGCAUUUGGUUGUACUGAAUUAAUGACCCAGGGUAUAUUCCAUCAGAGUUUGAACUGUGUUCAGGGUGUAACACAUCACAGGGUAUCAUACCUGAAUUUAUUUAUAGCUGCAGGUAACAAGAUGUUGCUUUUUUUUCAUGGAAACCCUGACAUGUGCCCGAUCAAUGCACCCUUCACUAUAUGAUAAUUCGCUUUGUCAUUAGCACUGAUAAUGUUUGAUCUGUACCUGUCUAGGUAGGUGAAGUCACAGAUAAAUUAGAAAAUGUUUCCUAACUAUUGCUGUCUGCUAUAAUAUCUACAAUGUGUCUAGAACUUGGCAUGGCAGAUGUCUGAGGUCACCAAUUGGCAACAAAAGAAAAUGUGGUUUUACACCCUGAUUAAGGACUGUAUUGAAUCAGAAUUACAGCAGAGCUAAACGUUAUCAGCAGCUGCCAAAUUGUUUCUUACAGUAUUUAAUUCAGGCUUCUCUUUGCCUUUUUGGAUAAAGUGUAUACCCAGGGCUUUGAAAAGAACCCAGUGCAGUGCAGUUUUUUGUGAUUUAGUAAUGGACGUUAAUGCGGAAUAGAACAUGGAAUUUAAAUGACAUUCUGGAGUGUAGGAAAAAAGAGAUGGUAUGUGUAUACAAAAGCAUGAGCAAUUUAAAACUCCCAAUUUUACAUGUUUUUCCUUUUUUUUAACUGAGUAUAUUUUUGUUUUAAUGUCUUUGUUUUGUUUGAGCCAAUUUUUGCUGGGUCUAUUGUAGAUAUUUUAAAAGGGGACUAGUGUAAUGUACAGUGCAAUAGCAGAUAACAUAACUUGGUCACUGUAAGAGGCUAAAUAUGAUUUAGUGUAAGUUUAGCAGCUAUGUGCAGUCUUCCUGAAAUUCCAAUUUUCUGUUUGAAUUCACACACACUAAAAGAAGAAAAAUCUACUCACAGCCAUCACACAUGCUAUUCCAUGGUACAGUAAGUGUACAGUAUUUUGAAAGAACUAUUGAGUCGCUAAAUAUUACAAACGAUUCAAGAAUAGUUUAGAACAGUUUAUUUCUGUAUAUUUUUAGUUUUCUUGUAUAUAAUUUUGAGGAGUAUGAUUUCGUACCAAUCCAAAGUGUAAUUUAUCACGCUGUAUUUUAUUAAAAUGGCCCCAAAUUUUGCCAAAAAAAUAAUUCUCGCUUUGCACUAUCAUUUGCUAAACGUCUCUUCUUAGCACAUGAUCCUAAAGGCAUUGUCUGACACAGGUGGUGUUUAAAUCAGAAACUCAUUAAUGAUAGAACAGUAAACAAUUAUACUCCAGCUCGAUUUUUGAGCUGUCGGAAUUCAGCCAGAUUUUUAGUACGCAGACAGCAACGCAGAAACGAUCCUAUUAUUGAAAAGUGGGAAGAACAAAUCAACAUCAAUGUUUACUUUCUAAGCUUUACUUCAAGAUAAUAGUGCGCCACGUUCUAUAACACGUCGCACAAUGUAUGUUACCUGAUAAGAAGUACAAUUCCCAUUUUUGGACUUUUUUGGCACCAGUAAGACAUUUCUAGGGCCCAGAAACCAUUGACUUACUGGGAGCUGCACUAGCCUUGUUUACACACGGACCGCUAAGGCUAUUACAUCAUUAUAGUAACCUCUAAUGCUAUUUAUAGCAUUAACUGCAUUUGGUUGCUUCUGUAUUUCUGUGUUGUAUGACCCUAGAUUACAUUGAAGGUUCCAGAAUAUAGGUGGAAUUUACAGUUGUGUAAAAGGUAACAUUUUCAAAGGCAUUGCUUUCUGCCAUUAAUAAAGUAGGUGAAUUUUAAUGUGUUGUGUUACACAAACGUCUACUAAGUUUACGAGAUGUGCCACCAGUGUCAGACUCUGCUUUAAUCUUGUUUGAGCCUAAGCCUUUUUUUAUUCUUAAUUUAUUUAUUACCAGUGGUUGCUGGAGGCUAUCCACAGACAUUAAUAUAUCUGCACAGAUUAUAUAUGGACGAUGCAGUAGCACUUAACUAAGGGUGUCGGGUUACACACUUGUAAAGUUUUUUGUUUUGUUUUUUUUACAAAUUUGUUAAACAGAUUGAAAAUGCCAUUGAGAAUUGAUAAUAGACCAAGCAGUGGUAGCUUAGGAAUCGUUCUCGUUUUUAUUUUGGGUAUGCGGGAUAGGUGGGGGGGAGUAGUGACUUCUGUUUCUCUGUUAUGGCUGGCUGUAGGCAGGAAAACUCACUUUUUGGCAAUACAUCAGAUACAGCAACCCAGUGUGCAGGAUGGCAUGGAAAACCAGUGCCUUCCUCUUAGCUCAGGAAUACCGGAACUCUAACAAAGGCUGUGGCAGCCACUGUAUGCCCCCUCCUUCUUGCAUCACAGUAUUUAAACUGCCUGAGCAAUCAUUGGAUACCAGACUCAGAAAUUGACGAUGGACUAUGCAAAACUUUUACUGUGAUUGGGAUAUGCAAUCUAGGGCUUCCCAUCAGCUGUGCCAGCAUCAAAAGCUGGACAUCAUCAGUUUCGCUGUGGACUACACAAAACCCCAUCCUUAAGCACCAACGACAAAAACUAUCGCUGUGGCUUGUAGCAAUAUUCCCUCUUUGCUGUUCAGUUUGCGUGUAUUUUAAUUGUUGGCUGUAACUGUUAACCCUUAAAAACAUUUACCAUGGUAAAGCAAAAUACAGUAAAGCAUGGUACAGCACAGAGAGGGUUUGUAAAGCGAAUUAAAAAAUGGAGGGGCUGAAUGACCUCUCGUUCAUAAAUGUGUUUCAGAACCAUGGUAAACUAAAUGCAUAAUGUGCGGCAACCAUGGGAACUGCAAAAUGACUAUACUCAUUUACCGUGGUAAAGUUUUACAAAGGGAAAUCUGUACGAUCACUGUUUACAAGGGGCUGAACUGAAAACGUUGAUUUGAGAGUAAAAAUCAGUAUCCUUUUAAAAAAAAAAACCCACUGCAAAAGUAACAGGCAGCAUAAUAAUGCACAAUGUGAAAUGUAUUAAUGCCUUCUAUACAGUCAGACAUGGUUAAAAGCACAAUGAAUUUGUUAAGAAAAAUACCCCAAUUUUAUUUGUUUGUAGACAUUUUUUUGUUAUAUUUUGCUUCUUUUUUGUUCCUUCAGCUAAAAGCAUAAAAAUCAUGUAUGUUAACUUAAAUGUGUUCAAUGAACUGUGUAUAUUUACUAUUUCCUUGGUGGAAUACCAUAGAUCGCGAUAUUAAGUGCUUGUCAAACAUAAAGUAUUGAGUGAAUGAUGUUAAAGCGUAUUGCAUUCAAAAAGAUUUCGAGCUCGCGCUGUAAGACACUGCUUGUUUAUGUUUGAUCAUUUUAAUGGCUUCAAAAUGUCAUGUUUUGUCUCAGAAGUAAUAAACGUCAUUGAAAAUUGUUAA